AUGGCAGAAGAAGAUGAGAGUAGCACAUCCACUCCACGGUCCUUCGCAGGCCAAACCGUCUCGGCGGAGGAGAUGCUCAAGGAACAAACCGUCGGUCUUGUUCAUCUCUCCGAAUUUCGCAAGCGGCGCGCGGAUGUUCUAGAGGCGAAAGAGCGCGAGGCGCAUGACAAGUCUUUGGGGCUGCUGGCAUCUGGUAAUUCAAGAAGCGCAACUCCCUCUGCAGGCGAUAUAACUGACGGGUCAACGCCUUCUCGCAGUGACGGUCCCCCGAAAAAGAAGAAAAAGAAGGCUUUCGCAAAAAGCAAACUAUCAUUCGGUGAUGACCAGGAUGAGACCGGGGAAGAAUCCGCGACAACUCCACGCGACUCAAGCGUAUCGCGGUCAGGUUCGAAAACACCCGCCGAGAACAGUACUCGACGCAUGAAAGCAAACCCGAAUGCACCCCCUCCACCCAAAGCUUUGACAAAGGCUGCCUUGGAAGCUGAAGCGCUCGCUCGCGAUACUCUCCGUAAGGAGUUCUUGAUCAUGCAAGAGGCUGUUAAGAAUACUGAUAUUCUUAUUCCAUUUGUCUUCUACGAUGGAACGAGUAUACCAGCUGGAGCUGUCAAAGUUAAGAAGGGUGACCAUGUUUGGUUGUUCUUGGAUCGGUGCCGGAAAGUCGGUGCUGAGAUGGGCGUACGUGGUGCCAGCGGUGCAUCCAAGGCGAAGAAAGACAAUCGCCGAGAGUGGGCACGAGUCAGCGUCGACGACUUGAUGCUUGUCAAGGGCGAUAUUAUCGUUCCACAUCAUUACGAGUUUUACUACUUCAUCGCCAAUCGAGUGCCCAGUCUCUCUCGAGCUGGUGGUUUGCUAUUUGAUUAUUCCAACAAACCCCCCAUUACCGAUUCCACCAAUUCUACGGACGAUCCGCUGUCUCGACCUAGUGACGAUCAACUAGAGGGUGCAGACAAGGAUUUCUCAGAAACCAAGGUCGUAGAUCGACGGUGGUAUGAGAAAAACAAGCAUAUCUACCCAGCUAGUCUGUGGCAUGAGUAUGAGCCCGGGAAAGAGUUUGAAGAGAAGAUGACUUCAACACGGCGCGAUGCUCAGGGAAAUACAUUCUUUUUCUAG